AUGGAGGUUAAGAAAGGCUCAAAUUCGCUCUCAGAAAAUCCUCCGAAAGAGCAAGACGAAGCUCAUCUUUCCUCUCCUCGCGACCACGACCACUCUGACAGCGAUUCUACGGCCACCAAUUCCUCAGAUUUCAACUGGGACGAAGAUGAGGAAGAUGUGGGUCGCGCUGGCACAGAAAAGGCGAAGGCUAAACGUGGAAGAGCAGUAUAUCUUGCAUUUAUGAAGCUUGCCAGGCCUGUUCGAGUCUUCCUCUUGGGUUUCUUGGGAUGUGCUCUGUGUAUUGCACCCCUCCUUAUUGUGCAGUUUUUGUUCAAAGAGACGACUAUGUAUCCUCAUGUAUUUAUGUGGUCGCUCUGGAUCUCCAUUAUAUGGGUUGCAGGGUGUCUGACAUACGUGCUCGUCGAUGGAAUUCCUCGCAUGGUCAUAUCUCUCGUUGUUUUGUUUGGAGGUCAAGUCGAACGGUUGAAAAUACAGUUGGAGCUGACUUUGGCUGUUUCUCCUUGGCUCAAAUUAGCGUUGGACAUAUCGUGGGGUUGGAUCGCCUUGUCUGUCUUGCGACAUGUGUACAAACCACCAGGAAAUUAUUGGACAAUCGUUAAUCGUGUCAUGCAGGCCCUAUUCUCUGCUGGUGUCAUCUUCCUCGUUGAAAAGCUUUUCCUUCAAUUUGUCGCCAUUAAUUUCCACGAGAAGGCCCUAGCAGAUAGACUGGCAGAGAACCGUAUCGGGCUAAGGGCUCUUGACAGACUGUCCAACGCCACUCCAGUAGUUACGGCCAGAAGACCGAAUGCCAGAAGGGGCCACAAAGGCCCUGGCGAUUCUGUCGACUUUACUCUGCUCGCCAUACCAAAAACCCCGAGGGACGGAACAAGCAGCAUGGACCAGUCGCCUUCAGAUUCACAUGCACAUCAUAAGAAGAACGCGAGGGCGGAUAAAAAAAGUAGACAGAAGGCUGUAACGUCCGUUAUAAUUGACCAGCUUAGUGGUGCCAUAGGACAAGUCGCUUUGAAAAACUCGCGUUUCAAUCGUGAGGCUGACGUUGGUGGUCUACACUCAGCCCGACGACUUGCUCGUAAAUUGUUCAGCACCCUCAGUGAUGUGCACCCACCUAGAUCGCAUCUUAUUGUCGAAGAUUUCUACCCUUACUUCCGUUCCACAGCCGAAGCCCACGAAGCCUUCCGAGUCUUUGACAAAGACGGCAACGGCGACAUCUCCAAAAGAGAAAUGAGAGAUGCGGUGCAGCGGAUCUACCGCGAACGCAAGGCUCUCGUCGCCAGUCUGAAAGACGUUGGGUCUGCCGUAGCCAAGUUGGACGCGGUACUGGCCGUUUUGGCGCUCUUGAUCAUCGUGUUUGUGUGUCUCCUGAUAUUCUCGAGAAAUAAUACGCUCGCUUCGUUGGUGCCUUUGGCCACGGUUGUACUCGGGUUUUCAUUCAUCUUUGGGCGUUCCGCGCAGACAUUGUUCGAAUCGCUCAUCUUCAUUUUCUCAACCCAUGUCUUUGACGUUGGAGACCUCGUUAUCAUAGACGAUCAGACUCUUGAGGUUAAGGAAUUUGGACUGUUUUCUACGACUUUUCGACGGGUGGACGGCCAAGAAAUUGUUGCACCUAAUGCCCUCCUUGCUAACGCGAAAACGAUUCAUAAUCUGAGGCGCAGUGGUUCAAUGUUUGAGACAACUACUAUCAUGGUUUCAUACAAGACUCCGUUGGAAACCAUAGAAGAGUUGAAGGGCCGUGUCAAUCAAUACGUUGCGGACAAUAGUAGGGAGUGGGCAAGUGCUGCAGUAAACAUCGACAAGAUGGAAUACCAGAAUGCUAUUCAUUUGAUUAUCGCCAUGGAACACCGUCCCAACUGGCAAGAUUGGGGGGCUAGAUGGGCGCGUCGAACGGCUUUCAUGCGAAAUCUCAAAUGUGUUCUCGAAGAUCUGGAUAUCCGCUACACGAUGCCCGUACAGCCUGUGUUAAUGCCUAGAGGAGGAUUUGGUGGCGGCGGCGGACCGAACCCCAGCUCCUCGAUACCAUUAGGCACAACUCCAACGUCAGGACCGAUGUUGGGAAACGCUGGAUCGUUUCAGGGAUCAGACCAUUUGAGAGCGCCCGGUCGAGGGUUCAGGACCGAUGUUGGGCCUCUCUGA